AUGAAAUUACACCACCACUCAUGUGCUGCCUUUCUUGUGCUGCCUCUCUUGUGCUGCCUCUCUUGUGCUGCCUCUCUUGUGCUGCCUCUCAUGUGCUGCCUCUCUUUUGCUGCCUCUCUUGUGCUGCCUCUCUUGUGCUGCCUCUCUUGUGCUGCCUCUCUUGUGCUGCCUCUCUUGUGCUGCCUCUCUUUUGCUGCCUCUCUUGUGCUGCCUCUCUUGUGCUGCCUCUCUUGUGCUGCCUCUCUUGUGCUGCCUCUCUUGUGCUGCCUCACUUGUGCUGCCUCUCUUGUGCUGCCUCUCUUGUGCUGCCUCUCUUGUGCUGCCUCUCUUGUGCUGCCUCUCUUGUGCUGCCUCUCUUGUGCUGCCUCUCUUGUGCUGCCUCUCUUGUGCUGCCUCUCUUGUGCUGCCUCUCUUUUGCUGCCUCUCUUGUGCUGCCUCUCUUGUGCUGCCUCUCUUGUGCUGCUCUCUUGCUGCCUCUCUUGUGCUGCCUCUCUUGUGCUGCCUCUCUUGUGCUGCCUCUCUUGUGCUGCCUCUCUUGUGCUGCCUCUCUUGUGCUGCCUCUCUUGUGCUGCCUCUCUUGUGCUGCCUCUCUUGUGCUGCCUCUCUUGUGCUGCCUCUCUUGUGCUGCCUCUCUUGUGCUGCCUCUCUUGUGCUGCCUCUCUUGUGCUGCCUCUCUUGUGCUGCCUCUCUUGUGCUGCCUCUCUUGUGCUGCCUCUCUUGUGCUGCCUCUCUUGUGCUGCCUCUCUUGUGCUGCCUCUCUUGUGCUGCCUCUCUUGUGCUGCCUCUCUUGUGCUGCCUCUCUUGUGCUGCCUCUCUUGUGCUGCCUCUCUUGUGCUGCCUCCCUUGUGCUGCCUCUCUUGUGCUGCCUCUCUUGUGCUGCCUCUCUUGUGCUGCCUCUCUUGUGCUGCCUCUCUUGUGCUGCCUCUCUUGUGCUGCCUCUCUUGUGCUGCCUCUCUUGUGCUGCCUCUCUUGUGCUGCCUCUCAUGUGCUGCCUCUCUUGUGCUGCCUCUCUUGUGCUGCCUCUCUUGUGCUGCCUCUCUUGUGCUGCCUCUCAUUGUGCUGCCUCUCUUGUGCUGCCUCUCUUGUGCUGCCUCUCUUGUGCUGCCUCUCUUGUGCUGCCUCUCUUGUGCUGCCUCUCUUGUGCUGCCUCUCUUGUGCUGCCUCUCUUGUGCUGCCUCUCUUGUGCUGCCUCUCUUGUGCUGCCUCUCUUGUGCUGCCUCUCUUGUGCUGCCUCUCUUGUGCUGCCUCUCUUGUGCUGCCUCUCUUGUGCUGCCUCUCUUGUGCUGCCUCUCUUGUGCUGCCUCUCUUGUGCUGCCUCUCUUGUGCUGCCUCUCUUGUGCUGCCUCUCUUGUGCUGCCUCUCUUGUGCUGCCUCUCUUGUGCUGCCUCACUUGUGCUGCCUCUCUUGUGCUGCCUCUCUUGUGCUGCCUCUCUUGUGCUGCCUCUCUUGUGCUGCCUACCUUGUGCUUCCUCUCUUGUGCUGCCUCUCUUGUGCUGCCUCUCUUGUGCUGCCUCUCUUGUGAUGCCUCUCUUGUGCUGCCUCUCUUGUGCUGCCUCUCUUGUGCUGCCUCUCUUGUCCUGCCUCUCUUGUGCUGCCUCUCUUGUGCUGCCUCUCUUGUGCUGCCUCUCUUGUGCUGCCUCUCUUGUGCUGCCUCUCUUGUGCUGCCUCUCUUGUGCUGCCUCUCUUGUGCUGCCUCUCUUGUGCUGCCUCUCUUGUGCUGCCUCUCUUGUGCUGCCUCUCUUGUGCUGCCUCUCUUGUGCUGCCUCUCUUGUGCUGCCUCUCUUGUGCUGCCUCUCUUGUGCUGCCUCUCUUGUGCUGCCUCUCUUGUGCUGCCUCUCUUGUGCUGCCUCUCUUGUGCUGCCUCUCUUGUGCUGCCUCUCUUGUGCUGCCUCUCUUGUGCUGCCUCUCUUGUGCUGCCUCUCUUGUGCUGCCUCUCUUGUGCUGCCUCACUUGUGCUGCCUCUCUUGUGCUGCCUCUCUUGUGCUGCCUCUCUUGUGCUGCCUCUCUUGUGCUGCCUCUCUUGUGCUGCCUCUCUUGUGCUGCCUCUCUUGUGCUGCCUCUCUUGUGCUGCCUCUCUUGUGCUGCCUCUCUUGUGCUGCCUCUCUUGUGCUGCCUCUCUUGUGCUGCCUCUCUUGUGCUGCCUCUCUUGUGCUGCCUCACUUGUGCUGCCUCUCUUGUGCUGCCUCUCUUGUGCUGCCUCUCUUGUGCUGCCUCUCUUUUGCUGCCUCCCUUGUGCUUCCUCUCUUGUGCUGCCUCUCUUGUGCUGCCUCUCUUGUGCUGCCUCUCUUGUGCUGCCUCUCUUGUGCUGCCUCUCUUGUGCUGCCUCUCUUGUGCUGUCUCUCUUGUGCUGCCUCUCUUGUGCUGCCUCUCUUGUGCUGCCUCUCUUGUGCUGCCUCUCUUGUGCUGCCUCUCUUGUGCUGCCUCACUUGUGCUGCCUCUCUUGUGCUGCCUCUCUUGUGCUGCCUCUCUUGUGCUGCCUCUCUUGUGCUGCCUCUCUUGUGCUGCCUCUCUUGUGCUGCCUCUCUUGUGCUGCCUCUCUUGUGCUGGCUCUCUUGUGCUGCCUCCCUUGUGCUGCCUCUCUUGUGCUGCCUCUCUUGUGCUGCCUCUCUUGUGCUGCCUCUCUUGUGCUGCCUCUCUUGUGCUGCCUCUCUUGUGCUGCCUCUCUUGUGCUGCCUCUCUUGUGCUGCCUCACUUGUGCUGCCUCUCUUGUGCUGCCUCUCUUGUGCUGCCUCUCUUGUGCUGCCUCUCUUGUGCUGCCUCCCUUGUGCUUCCUCUCUUGUGCUGCCUCUCUUGUGCUGCCUCUCUUGUGCUGCCUCUCUUGUGCUGCCUCUCUUGUGCUGCCUCUCUUGUGCUGCCUCUCUUGUGCUGCCUCUCUUGUGCUGCCUCUCUUGUGCUGCCUCUCUUGUGCUGCCUCUCUUGUGCUGCCUCUCUUGUGCUGCCUCUCUUGUGCUGCCUCUCUUGUGCUGCCUCUCUUGUGCUGCCUCUCUUGUGCUGCCUCCUUGUGCUGCCUCUCUUGUGCUGCCUCUCUUGUGCUGCCUCUCUUGUGCUGCCUCUCUUGUGCUGCCUCUCUUGUGCUGCCUCUCUUGUGCUGCCUCUCUUGUGCUGCCUCCCUUGUGCUGCCUCUCUUGUGCUGCCUCUCUUGUGCUGCCUCUCUUGUGCUGCCUCUCUUGUGCUGCCUCUCUUGUGCUGCCUCUCUUGUGCUGCCUCACUUGUGCUGCCUCUCUUGUGCUGCCUCUCUUGUGCUGCCUCUCUUGUGCUGCCUCUCUUGUGCUGCCUCUCUUGUGCUGCCUCUCUUGUGCUGCCUCUCUUGUGCUGCCUCUCUUGUGCUGCCUCUCUUGUGCUGCCUCUCUUGUGCUGCCUCUCUUGUGCUGCCUCUCUUGUGCUGCCUCUCUUGUGCUGCCUCUCUUGUGCUGCCUCACUUGUGCUGCCUCUCUUGUGCUGCCUCUCUUGUGCUGCCUCUCUUGUGCUGCCUCUCUUUGCUGCCUCCCUUGUGCUUCCUCUCUUGUGCUGCCUCUCUUGUGCUGCCUCUCUUGUGCUGCCUCUCUUGUGCUGCCUCUCUUGUGCUGCCUCUCUUGUGCUGCCUCUCUUGUGCUGCCUCUCUUGUGCUGCCUCUCUUGUGCUGCCUCUCUUGUGCUGCCUCUCUUGUGCUGCCUCUCUUGUGCUGCCUCUCUUGUGCUGCCUCUCUUGUGCUGCCUCUCUUGUGCUGCCUCUCUUGUGCUGCCUCUCUUGUGCUGCCUCUCUUGUGCUGCCUCUCUUGUGCUGCCUCUCUUGUGCUGCCUCUCUUGUGCUGCCUCUCUUGUGCUGCCUCUCUUGUGCUGCCUCUCUUGUGCUGCCUCUCUUGUGCUGCCUCUCUUGUGCUGCCUCUCUUGUGCUGCCUCUCUUGUGCUGCCUCUCUUGUGCUGCCUCUCUUGUGCUGCCUCUCUUGUGCUGCCUCUCUUGUGCUGCCUCUCUUGUGCUGCCUCUCUUGUGCUGCCUCACUUGUGCUGCCUCUCUUGUGCUGCCUCUCUUGUGCUGCCUCUCUUGUGCUGCCUCUCUUGUGCUGCCUCCCUUGUGCUUCCUCUCUUGUGCUGCCUCUCUUGUGCUGCCUCUCUUGUGCUGCCUCUCUCGUGCUGCCUCUCUUGUGCUGCCUCUCUUGUGCUGCCUCUCUUGUGCUGCCUCUCUUGUGCUGCCUCUCUUGUGCUGCCUCUCUUGUGCUGCCUCUCUUGUGCUGCCUCUCUUGUGCUGCCUCUCUUGUGCUGCCUCUCUUGUGCUGCCUCUCUUGUGCUGCCUCUCUUGUGCUGCCUCUCUUGUGCUGCCUCUCUUGUGCUGCCUCUCUUGUGCUGCCUCUCUUGUGCUGCCUCUCUUGUGCUGCCUCUCUUGUGCUGCCUCUCUUGUGCUGCCUCUCUUGUGCUGCCUCUCUUGUGCUGCCUCUCUUGUGCUGCCUCUCUUGUGCUGCCUCUCUUGUGCUGCCUCUCUUGUGCUGCCUCUCUUGUGCUGCCUCUCUUGUGCUGCCUCUCUUGUGCUGCCUCUCUUGUGCUGCCUCUCUUGUGCUGCCUCUCUUGUGCUGCCUCUCUUGUGCUGCCUCUCUUGUGCUGCCUCUCUUGUGCUGCCUCUCUUGUGCUGCCUCUCUUGUGCUGCCUCUCUUGUGCUGCCUCUCUUGUGCUGCCUCUCUUGUGCUGCCUCUCUUGUGCUGCCUCGUGCUGCCUCUCUUGUGCUGCCUCUCUUGUGCUGCCUCUCUUGUGCUGCCUCUCUUGUGCUGCCUCUCUUGUGCUGCCUCUCUUGUGCUGCCUCUCUUGUGCUGCCUCUCUUGUGCUGCCUCUCUUGUGCUGCCUCUCUUGUGCUGCCUCUCUUGUGCUGCCUCUCUUGUGCUGCCUCUCUUGUGCUGCCUCUCUUGUGCUGCCUCUCUUGUGCUGCCUCUCUUGUGCUGCCUCUCUUGUGCUGCCUCUCUUGUGCUGCCUCUCUUGUGCUGCCUCUCUUGUGCUGCCUCUCUUGUGCUGCCUCUCUUGUGCUGCCUCUCUUGUGCUGUCCUCUCUUGUGCUGCCUCUCUUGUGCUGCCUCUCUUGUGCUGCCUCUCUUGUGCUGCCUCUCUUGUGCUGCCUCUCUUGUGCUGCCUCACUUGUGCUGCCUCUCUUGUGCUGCCUCUCUUGUGCUGCCUCUCUUGUGCUGCCUCUCUUGUGCUGCCUCUCUUGUGCUGCCUCUCUUGUGCUGCCUCUCUUGUGCUGCCUCUCUUGUGCUGCCUCCCUUGUGCUGCCUCUCUUGUGCUGCCUCUCUUGUGCUGCCUCUCUUGUGCUGCCUCUCUUGUGCUGCCUCUCUUGUGCUGCCUCUCUUGUGCUGCCUCUCUUGUGCUGCCUCUCUUGUGCUGCCUCACUUGUGCUGCCUCUCUUGUGCUGCCUCUCUUGUGCUGCCUCUCUUGUGCUGCCUCUCUUGUGCUGCCUCCCUUGUGCUUCCUCUCUUGUGCUGCCUCUCUUGUGCUGCCUCUCUUGUGCUGCCUCUCUUGUGCUGCCUCUCUUGUGCUGCCUCUCUUGUGCUGCCUCUCUUGUGCUGCCUCUCUUGUGCUGCCUCUCUUGUGCUGCCUCUCUUGUGCUGCCUCUCUUGUGCUGCCUCUCUUGUGCUGCCUCUCUUGUGCUGCCUCUCAUGUGCUGCCUCUCUUGUGCUGCCUCUCUUGUGCUGCCUCUCUUGUGCUGCCUCUCUUGUGCUGCCUCUCAUGUGCUGCCUCUCUUGUGCUGCCUCUCUUGUGCUGCCUCUCUUGUGCUGCCUCUCUUGUGCUGCCUCUCUUGUGCUGCCUCUCUUGUGCUGCCUCACUUGUGCUGCCUCUCUUGUGCUGCCUCUCUUGUGCUGCCUCUCUUGUGCUGCCUCUCUUGUGCUGCCUCUCUUGUGCUGCCUCUCUUGUGCUGCCUCUCUUGUGCUGCCUCUCUUGUGCUGCCUCUCUUGUGCUGCCUCCCUUGUGCUGCCUCUCUUGUGCUGCCUCUCUUGUGCUGCCUCUCUUGUGCUGCCUCUCUUGUGCUGCCUCUCUUGUGCUGCCUCUCUUGUGCUGCCUCUCUUGUGCUGCCUCUCUUGUGCUGCCUCACUUGUGCUGCCUCUCUUGUGCUGCCUCUCUUGUGCUGCCUCUCUUGUGCUGCCUCUCUUGUGCUGCCUCCUUGUGCUUCCUCUCUUGUGCUGCCUCUCUUGUGCUGCCUCUCUUGUGCUGCCUCUCUUGUGCUGCCUCUCUUGUGCUGCCUCUCUUGUGCUGCCUCUCUUGUGCUGCCUCUCUUGUGCUGCCUCUCUUGUGCUGCCUCUCUUGUGCUGCCUCUCUUGUGCUGCCUCUCUUGUGCUGCCUCUCUUGUGCUGCCUCUCUUGUGCUGCCUCUCAUGUGCUGCCUCUCUUGUGCUGCCUCUCUUGUGCUGCCUCUCUUGUGCUGCCUCUCUUGUGCUGCCUCUCAUGUGCUGCCUCUCUUGUGCUGCCUCUCUUGUGCUGCCUCUCUUGUGCUGCCUCUCUUGUGCUGCCUCUCUUGUGCUGCCUCUCUUGUGCUGCCUCUCUUGUGCUGCCUCUCUUGUGCUGCCUCUCUUGUGCUGCCUCUCUUGUGCUGCCUCUCUUGUGCUGCCUCUCUUGUGCUGCCUCUCUUGUGCUGCCUCUCUUGUGCUGCCUCUCUUGUGCUGCCUCUCUUGUGCUGCCUCUCUUGUGCUGCCUCUCUUGUGCUGCCUCUCUUGUGCUGCCUCUCUUGUGCUGCCUCUCUUGUGCUGCCUCUCUUGUGCUGCCUCUCUUGUGCUGCCUCUCUUGUGCUGCCUCUCUUGUGCUGCCUCUCUUGUGCUGCCUCUCUUGUGCUGCCUCUCUUGUGCUGCCUCUCUUGUGCUGCCUCUCUUGUGCUGCCUCUCUUGUGCUGCCUCUCUUGUGCUGCCUCUCUUGUGCUGCCUCUCUUGUGCUGCCUCUCUUGUGCUGCCUCUCUUGUGCUGCCUCUCUUGUGCUGCCUCUCUUGUGCUGCCUCUCUUGUGCUGCCUCUCUUGUGCUGCCUCUCUUGUGCUGCCUCUCUUGUGCUGCCUCUCUUGUGCUGCCUCUCUUGUGCUGCCUCUCUUGUGCUGCCUCUCUUGUGCUGCCUCACUUGUGCUGCCUCUCUUGUGCUGCCUCUCUUGUGCUGCCUCUCUUGUGCUGCCUCUCUUGUGCUGCCUCUCUUGUGCUGCCUCUCUUGUGCUGCCUCUCUUGUGCUGCCUCUCUUGUGCUGCCUCUCUUGUGCUGCCUCUCUUGUGCUGCCUCUCUUGUGCUGCCUCUCUUGUGCUGCCUCUCUUGUGCUGCCUCACUUGUGCUGCCUCUCUUGUGCUGCCUCUCUUGUGCUGCCUCUCUUGUGCUGCCUCUCUUGUGCUGCCUCCCUUGUGCUUCCUCUCUUGUGCUGCCUCUCUUGUGCUGCCUCUCUUGUGCUGCCUCUCUUGUGAUGCCUCUCUUGUGCUGCCUCUCUUGUGCUGCCUCUCUUGUGCUGCCUCUCUUGUCCUGCCUCUCUUGUGCUGCCUCUCUUGUGCUGCCUCUCUUGUGCUGGCACGGCAGGGCCAUGCCUGCAAUGGGCUUCCUAUUUCUCCCCAACCUCCUCGUUUCCACUCCCUUGGUGGCAGGUACUGCGAGUGCUUUGCGGCGGGGCUGUACUGCGAGGGGUGCAACUGCGUCAACUGCUGCAACGCGCCCGCCAACGAGGCGCAGCGGCACGAGGCCGUGCUCGCCGUGCUCGACCGCAACCCCAACGCCUUCCGCCCCAAAAUCGCCCCCCACAGCCCCUCCCACGCCCCCGCUUCGGGCGAGGCGGCGCGCGUGCACACGCCGGUGGCGGGACGGCACCGCGCGGGGUGCCACUGCCGCAAGAGCGGGUGUCUGAAGAAGUACUGCGAGUGCUUCCAGGCCAACGUGCUGUGCGGCGCCAACUGCAAGUGCGCCGAUUGCAAGAACUACGACGGCAGCCUCGACCGCCAGGCCGUUGUUGCCGGCCUCGCUGCUGCUGCCGCUGCGGCGGCCGUGACACCCAUCAAGUUUGAGAUGUCAGCCUACCAGCGCAUGGUCACCCCCACCAAGGCCUCCGCCUUCACGCCUCCUGCUGUGCGCCCUGGCCUUCACGCCCACACAUCCCUGCACUCCCACACAUCCCCGCACGCCCAUGCACAUGCUCGCACACCCUCUCACUCGCUCGCUCACUCGCACUCCUACCCUCCCUUUCGCCCCCACCACUCCCCUGUGCCUGCCCAUGCUACUGCUGCUGCUGCUGGCGGUGCCAUGGGCGGUGGGAUUGGCGCGGCAUGGGAUGGGAGGGGCGGGGGGCAUGUGGUGGCAGGAGGGAGUCCCGAGGGCAGCAACAUGCACAUGCACCCUCCUGCCGCCUUGAGGUACGCGCUGGCUGAGCUGGGAGGGUGUGAGGUGUGGGCAGCAGACGGUAUGUUUCCCUUGAGUGAGUAUCACGGGAAUGCAGUUCCCCGUCCCUUUCAUCUCCUUUCCAUCCCCUCGUCCCUUUGUCCCUGUCUCCUCUCACUCACCCUGUCUCCUCUCACUCACCCUGUCUCCUCUCAUUCACACUGUCUCCUCUCACUCACCCUGUCUCCUCUCACUCACCCUGUCUCCUCUCACUUACCAUGUCUCCUCUCACUCACCCUGUCUCCUCUCACUCACCCUGUCUCCUCUCACUCACCUUGUCUCCUCGAACCCCUGCCGGCCCAACCUCCCCCUCCCCACAUGCCCCGCAGGUCGCCCCCCCCGCACCCCCCCAUGGUGGGCCUCUCCCCCUCCCGCGCGGCCUCCACGCCCGCCCUGCCCUCCUCCUCAGCGCGCUCGUCCCUCUCCUCGUGGGCGGCGCGGCGCACAUGCAUGCUCAUGGCGGCGCUGGCGUGGGGCGUUCAGCACGAGUACUCUGCGUGCAGUGAGUGGCAUAUCACAAGUCACUCAUAUGCCUCUCUUGCCACCCAUUCGCACGCUCGUCGCUCGCUUGGAAUGCGAAAUGCUUAUGUUGCCUUCCAAUCGGCCUAG